AUGAAAGUUGUUUUAAUUCCUCUUUUUCCGCAAGCAUCUAAUGGUAGCUCUACUGGUAGUUCUGCUGGUAGUUCUGCUGGGCGUUCGUUCAAGGCAGAUUGGUGUCUUAACCUUCAUGGAUUUUUAUCUCGCGAAGAGUUCGCUACUAGACUUGAUCAAAUAAAUAAUCAAGUUAAAGACGUUAAAAUAAUGAACGAAAAUAUGAAAUCUAUAUUGUAUUUACUCGCUAUGAUUAGUACAUCUACGGUAUCAUUUAUCUUCACCCAAUAUUUUAAGGUGAUAGGCUUCUUCGCAAGCAUCAACUCAUGGUUUGUUGUAUGCUUUUUGAUCAAAUAUAUAAUCGAACGGAUUGCAUUGGCACGCGCCGAAAAAUUUUGCAAACUCUUAAACGAAUUGUUCGAACGAUACAAUGAGAAUGAUAAUCCAAUUGCUAAUUGGAAAAUUUGGUGGGUUACAUCUUACGAAAGGUACAUCAGUGGUAAGGACGGAAGGGCUUAUGGAAAUGGACGUUUGAACGUGCUAAAGCUUAGUCCUAAUAUUACAUUUGCUCCACUAUUUACUGAUAAUGUAUUGAUAAUUAUUGAAGUCAAUGAUGUCCUUCCUGUUAUUUCUGAUCUUACCACUAAAACAAUCCGCGCAAAUAUUGAGCUUGAAGCCAACUCACCUAUCACAAAUAUGCAUUUG